CAGACACGAGCGCGUUCGUGUCCAGGCUGCCCAAUCAUGACACGAGGAACGAUCUGGUCAUGUCAAGACAUAAGGAACGAUCUGGUCAUGUCAAGACAUAAGGAACGAUCUGGUCAUGUCAAGACAUAAGGAACGAUCUGGUCAUGUCAAGACAUAAGGAACGACCUGGUCAAGGAGAAGUAUAAAGAUGGGCAAAUGCCCCGUAAGAUUCAUAGGAGGACAACCUUAGCUGAGCUUUUACACUCGAUACACGCCAUUACUUUGUUAUACCUAUUCACAACUAUUACAAUGAGCCUUUCGAAAUUUUGCCGUGGAAAUGUCGGUCGUCUUCUGAGCGCAGACUGUCUCGAGGCAGAAGUUAGCGCAAGGAUGUACUUUGUGUCCUUUUUAGGAAGUCGGAUUCAUGAUCCUCAGGAAUUCUUGGAGACUUUUCAGGCGACGGUGGAACCUUCGCCUUGUAAGAUAUUCGGAGGCAAAGAGAAGCGCACGGAUGCGACGUCGCAUUACCACGUGCUGAUAGUGUCAGAGCAAGCUCUUACUUUGACAAAUGGCAUUGGAGGAUUGAGGAUGUGGUACAACUUUGACUUCCAAAAUGAAGUUGAUACUUAUGACAUCGAGAUCCGUGUCAAGCGAGAUGAACAAUACAUCUCCUCAUUUCCUACCUGUUUCGGUGACCAGAGUCUAUCGCCGUUUCCUGCGGGGGCUGAGAGUAGUAUGGAAAGAGAGGCAGAAGUUGACCUGGGACUGUUCCAGAUCGGAGAUGACGCUCCUGCUAUGACCACUCCGAUCUACCCAGGAACGAAGAGCAUUCCUGCGUUUCUAGGCUUGAAUGACUGUCCUCCACCAUGCACGUUUCCUUGCGGAUGUAUUGGGGUAUAUUUAGGUAUCGAAACCCGUUCGGUCGCAUCGACUCACAAUCGGGCUCGCGAAGAUGAGGACCAUCGUGCAUGGUACAUGCUGAGCUCGAGACGAGUUUGCGAUGACGUAAUGGAUAAAGGCUGGUUG